AUGCCUUCGCGGACUCAAGAAUUGCCUACUCGGACAAGUGACCCCUUGCAAACCGCAGGAACUCCUCAAUGUGUCCCAGUCAGUAAUCCCGGCGAGACCUUCUGGCAAACAACCAAGCAUAAGCUACAUGACCAUCGUUCAACAGAGCAACUGCCUGAGUACAAGGAUAUUGUGAUCAUAGGUGCUGGGUACGCUGGUGUCAGUACCGCCUACCACCUCGUCAAAGACCAUGGCGGAUCGAACAAGUCAGUCGCUAUUCUAGAAGCUCGGGGUGCUUGCUCGGGUGCAACUGGCCGGAACGGCGGUCAUGCCAGACCCGAUUUCUAUGGUCACAUUCCAACCUAUAUCGACCGUGCAGGAGAUCGAGCAGGAGCUGAGAUCGCCGAGUUCGAAAUCAAGAAUCUAGGCGCUUUGAAAAAAGUCAUUGAUCAAGAGAAGAUCGAUUGUGAUUUUACUCUGGCCCGAUCGAUUGAUGUUUGGUGUAACACAGAGGCUGCCGAGAGGGCUAAAUCUACAUAUGACCAAAUGGUUGCCAGGGACUUUGAGUAUAUGAACGAUGUUGUUUUCUAUGCGAAUGAUAAUGCAGAAGGAAUAUGUGGUGUAAAAGGCGCCAAAGCGUGUGCCAGCUUCACCGCGGGAACAAUGUGGCCAUACAAAUUCAUCAUGCAUUUAGUCGAGCUGAUUGUCGAUGCUGGUGUCAACCUUCAAACAAAUACGCCCGUUACAUCAGUGACUGCCGAUACAGGAGCUGGAUAUAUUAUCGACACGCCUCGAGGCAAGAUGCGUGCUGGGAAGGUUGUUUACGCAAACAAUGCCUAUGUCUCUCAUCUCCUCCCACAGUACAGAAAGAAUAUCGUCCCAUGCAAAGGCAUAUGCUGCCACAUCAAAGUUCCCGAUGGAGUGACGCCACCUCUCCUGAACAACUCCUAUAUCAAUCGAUCGGAAGAUAACGUCCUUUCAUACCUGAUUCCACGGGCUGACGGCAGUGCUGUCGUUGGAGGCGCUGCUGCCGUAUUCCGAAAACACGAAGACCAGUGGUACGACAAUGUAGACGAUAGCGUCCUCAUAGAUUCUGCAAAGGACUUUUACAACAACUAUAUGCAGGAGACCUACCGUGGAUGGGAGAAUACUGGAGCUAAGAUCGACAAAAUUUGGACCGGUGUGAUGGGCUACUCCUAUGACUCCAACCCUCAUAUUGGCACUGUCCCUGGUAGUGACAAAGACCAGUAUAUCCUUGCAGGUUUCAAUGGUCAUGGCAUGCCGGUUAUUUGGCUAUCCUCGAAGGAACUGGCCAAGAUGAUCAUCCAAGAUAUUCCUUUCGAGCAAACUAGCAUGCCUCGACUGUUCCAGACUUCCCAGUUUCGAAUCGACCGAGCUUUGAAUGGAAAGACUGAGGAUGGUGAUAUUUUGGGGAGUGGUAAAUUCCCGGCCACAAAGCCUUAA